UAAACACUUAGUUUUUCCUAAAAUUGCAGGAACCACAGACAUCUGAUUGAAAAUUAGAAUGGUGAAAAUUGGUGUCCCUGAUACACAUGAAAAAUUUAGAACCUUUUUACAAUCCCUUUAAUGUUUGUAUCAGUAAAGACAAAGGUGUAUAUGCACACUCAAGUUGAUUGGAUGAAAAGUUCAGUCCACUUACUUUUGAGGUAGUUUAGGUAGUGAUCAACACACUGUAUGUCAAGUUUGUAUAGAUUCAAUUACUAUUUAUUCUACCUCAAAAGAAAGUGAACUUGUUUUUCUUUUGAACUAUUAUAAAAUCUAUUUUGCAUAUCAUUUUAGUUGCUCGUCAAAAUCUUGAAACUUGCCACUUAAAAUUUUAAGUGAUUUUGCCAUUAAAUGUGUUCAAGGCAGUAAGCAUGGCCCCAUUAAAACUUUUGAAAGCAUUAAUUAGUGGAGACCCCAAGGACUUUCUACAAGAUAAAAAAAAAGACCCCAAGGACUUAAAAAAACACAAGAAAUCAAAUCCAAAUCUGCCAGGGUGCUCAAUAGUGGCUUUUGCUAUUGAGUUAAUACACCACAGUUGGGAUACCAUUCCCGUGGAGGGUUUCAAGUAUUGUAGCUCGUCUUUAGCUACGGACAACUUGGUUAGAUAUGAUAUUAAUUUAGAAGUCCUUGGAGUUCAUACUGCUAAGACUUGUGCCGAUUUGGCACUACAAGGGGAAUACACACAAUCACGUGGUGUGGCUUUUAUGAGUCAUAGACUUGCCUGGAGAAACACGAGAGAAUCAGCCCCUGUUCAAAGAAGAAAUGUUUAUAAGAAAAUGUUUCAUAACCUAAAAGUAGCUGAUGCUCAUGUAAGCCAUGCACAGAAGGUUAGAAAGGGUAAAUCGUCUGGUAAUUUACCUACCCACUAUAGCACUGCCACAAUAGGAGUGUUCCGGGGUCAUGGCCUGUAUGACCCUACAGAUCCUCCUACUCACAGAUGA